AUAAUUAUCAACAACCAACCAAACCGAGAGAGAGAGAGAGAGAGAGCGCUGUUGUUCAAUCACCAAACCACAAUACUUGAUUGAAACGAAACGAAAAGAAGGAAAAAUUCAUUGAAAGAAAGAAAGAGAAAAGGUAGAGAUGGCGAAUCUGUACGUGACGGCGGUGCCACCGGCGGAUCUGAACAGGAACACGGAGUGGUUCAUGUAUCCAGGGGUUUGGACUACUUACAUAUUAAUAUUGUUCUUUUCUUGGCUUAUUGUUCUCUCUAUCUUUGCUUGCUCUCCUGGCAUGGCUUGGACCAUCGUCAAUCUCUCUCACUUUGCCAUCACUUAUCACUUUUUCCACUGGAAGAAAGGAACCCCAUUUGCAGAAGACCAGGGGAUCUAUAAUCGGCUGACCUGGUGGGAGCAGAUGGAUAGUGGAAAGCAGCUGACACGGAACAGAAAGUUUCUAACUGUUGUACCUCUGGUGCUGUACUUGAUAGCCUCACACACAACUGACUAUCGACAUCCAAUGCUCUUUUUCAACACUGUUGCUGUGAUAGUGCUUGUUGUUGCCAAGUUCCCAAAUAUGCACAAGGUUCGGAUCUUUGGAAUAAAUGCAGACAAGUGAGCUGGGCAUUGUUAAAAAGCUGCUUUACUUGUUUAACGCCACCAAUCCUUCUGCAGUUAUGCUUAAAGAUUAUCAUAUCUUUGUAUAGAUGUUAGGACUGGAAGGAUAUUUGAAUAAGUAAUGUAUUUUUAUGUGCUGACUGCUUUUGACAAGUUGUUCCUUAGAUGAAGGAAUAACUGUAUUCGUUGUACAGUUGAGAAAUGUUGUGUAUCUUUGGCGUA